UCUGUAAAUAUAAUGGACAUGUAUAACAGGGUUAUUUACCAAUUAAAUUAUUGGUUAGAAUAAUAAUAAUGUUAAAUUAAGCAAAACGGAAUAUGAAAAUGAAAAAUAACGAGUGAAUAGUGGUAAGGCAAAGAAUACAUGUGAAUUCCAUAUUUUAACCUUCAAGAGAUUACACUGACAAGUUUGUUUUUUAUUUCUUUUGUUUAAUUCUUCGUUUUUCUUAGAUCUUGAAAGAAUCUUAGAUGCUCAACGUUUAUCAUUAGAACAUUCAAAUGAAGAAUUAAUUCAUACAUGA